GCAUGUCGCCGACGUCGUCGUCGGCGCGCUGCCAGUCCAGCCCCGUUUAGCGACGCAGCCUGACGCGCGGCCAGCCGCACGGUCUGCACCAUGUCGCUCAAGAUCGGCUUCCUCGGCGGCGGCAAGAUGGCCCAGGCCCUGGCCAGGGGCUUCCUCGCCAAAGGGCUGACCCGCGGCGAGGACGUGGUGGCCAGCGCCGCCCCCCAGGACAAGCAGUGCUUCGAGGCGUUCAAGGAGCUGGGGGCCACGGCGACAGCCGACAACACGCUCGUGGUGAAGAAGUCCCAGGUGGUGUUCGUUGCGGUCAAGCCGGACAUGGUGAGCACGGUGCUGCAGCAGGUCAAGCCGGUCGUCUCCAAAGAUAACCUCUUCAUCUCCAUCUGCAUGGGCAUCACCAUCGCCGACCUCGAAAAGGACCUACCCCCCGGCACGCGCGUGGUGCGCGCCAUGCCCAACACCCCCGCGCUGGUGGGCCGCGGCGCCUCGGUCUACACCUGCGGCACGGCCGCGCGGCCCGACGACGGCGACACCGCCAGGAAGCUCCUGGGCGCCGUGGGCAUCGCCCACCAGGUGCAGGAGAAGCUCGUGGACCCCGUCACGGCCCUCAGCGGCUCCGGCCCGGCCUACGUGUUCCUGGUGAUCGAGGCCCUCGCUGACGGCGCCGUCAAGGAGGGCAUGCCCCGCGACCUGGCCUACCAGCUGGCGGCGCAGACGGUGCUGGGCGCGGGCCACCUCGUCAUGGAGACGGGGCAGCACCCCGCCAAGCUCCGGGACGACGUCACCUCCCCGGCCGGCUCCACGGCGGCCGGCCUCGCGCACCUCGAGCAGUGCGCCGUCCGGUCCGCCAUGGCGGGCGCCGUGGCGGCGGCCACCAAGAGGUGCAAGGAGAUGCAGAGCCAGGCCAAGUAGUGGUUUGGAGACUGCUUGGCCUGCUGCAGGACGCGGAGUGCGACACGAAGGUCGCGCCACCCAACGGACCCGACCACAGCCGUCCGAUGUGAUCUCAGAUCUCGCCCCGAAUCGUGGGAACCCGCUUGUAAAUAAACUUUGUAAAUAAACACAGCCUUAGACCUCGAA